AGACAGCAUUAUUUAACUGUAUUCUCAUUAUACUGCAUCAUUAUAGUGCAUCACUCCCAAAGGUUAAUGUUGAUUGUAACCUUUAUCAGAAGAAUAGUUUCAUGUUGUUUCUAGAACAUGGAUUAUUGUUCUUAUGUACCAUAUGUCACACGUUCAUUUAGAUUUACAUGUUUUCUACAGUAUAGUUAGGCUCAAAUGAGAUAUUAAAGACACAACUACUAGCUGUGUUUUAAAGUUUUGCUCUUGAGUAGGUGCAGAAGUUCCAAGCUGGAUUGAAACCUGUCAGUGUAUGUUUGGGGUUAACCUUCCCCCUGCUGUGGACCCAGUCUGUAUUAGGAACCCUGCAAUUUCUAUUACAAAACAGUGAUCUAUAGUGUAAGUGGGCAAAUGGAUAAUGAUUUUGCAGUAGAAAUUGUAGACAACCUCUUCACCAGAUCCAGACCGGGUUCAUAAUGGAGAGGAGGGAUUAAAUCUUUCUUUCAGGGAAGCCUGUUUUUCAUGACUGAUCUAAUUGGUAUAUUUCUGAGGUGCCCCAAGUUUUCCUAGAACAGAAAUUGAAAGUGGUGUUAAUGAAAUGAUCAUAAGUCGUAGACCAUGUGCUUUUGCAAGCAGAGAGUUCCAGAUCAUCUCUGGGACCUGAUAGGUCAGCAAAAGACCUAUAGGUAACCCUGCAGAAUCAUUUCCUAUUACUGUAAACCAGCCUUCUCCAACCUGGUGGUCUCUUGAUAUGUUGGACUUCAAGUACCGUCAGCCCCAGCCAGCAUGACUAGUGCCAAAGAAUGCUAAAACAUCAGGAAGUCCUCAGUUUGGGGAAGACUGUGACUAUAGUCAGUGGACUCAUCAUGUUCUUACUGUUCUUCUCAGAACUCCAGUACUAUCUCACGAAGGAGGUUCACCCAGAAUUAUAUGUUGACAAAUCAAGGGGAGACAAGCUACGGAUAAACAUCGAUGUUGUCUUUCCACAUAUGCCAUGUGCCUAUUUGAGCAUUGAUGCAAUGGAUGUGGCGGGAGAGCAGCAGCUAGAUGUUGAACAUAAUCUCUUCAAACAGCGCUUGGAUAAAGAUGGCAAGCAUGUGGCUACAGAGGCAGAAAGACAUGAACUAGGAAAAGAAGAGGAUCUAGAAUUUGAUCCAAACACUUUAGAUCCUGAUCGCUGUGAGAGCUGUUAUGGAGCUGAGUCUGAGGACAUCAAAUGCUGUAAUUCCUGUGAUGAUGUACGAGAAGCAUAUAGGCGGCGAGGCUGGGCCUUCAAAAACCCAGACACCAUAGAACAAUGCAGGAGAGAAGGGUUUAGCCAGAAAAUGAAGGAGCAGAAAAAUGAGGGAUGUAAAGUGUAUGGAUUCUUAGAAGUCAACAAAGUCGCUGGCAAUUUUCACUUUGCACCAGGAAAAAGUUUUCAGCAGUCUCAUGUUCAUGUGCACGCUGUUGAGAUUCAUGAUCUGCAGAGCUUUGGACUUGAUAAUAUUAACAUGACUCAUUUUAUCAACCACCUUUCUUUUGGGAAAGAUUAUCCUGGCAUUGUGAAUCCACUUGAUGAUACAGUUGUUUCUGCACAGCAAGGUUCCAUGAUGUUCCAGUACUUUGUAAAAGUAGUUCCUACAGUAUAUAUGACGGUUGAUGGUGAGGUGGUGAGAACGAAUCAGUUUUCAGUAACACGACAUGAGAAAAUAGCUAAUGGUCUAAUUGGAGACCAGGGUCUGCCUGGAGUAUUUGUACUUUAUGAGCUUUCUCCAAUGAUGGUGAAGCUAACAGAGAAACACAGGUCGUUUACACAUUUUCUCACAGGAGUCUGUGCCAUUAUUGGAGGAGUAUUUACAGUGGCAGGACUGAUUGAUUCUUUGAUCUAUCAUUCAGCUCGGGUCAUUCAAAAGAAAAUAGAGCUUGGCAAAACAACAUAGAUUAGUAGCUGCCAUCCUUUUCAAAGAACUUGAAGGCAUAAAAGCAACAACCCUAAAGUCAGUGUCCGAUUUCAAGCAUGUCAAGAGAAGAUGCUUGGGGACUUGUGAAGAGAGACUGGCAGUAGUUCCAGUCUUAGCAGAAGGGAAACAGGGCAUUAACUUAAACAUCCAUGUUUAUGACAUUUAAAAGAGUUCUGUAUAUCAUAGAUUUUGGUACUUGUCUUAUUUGUUGGCUAAUUUCUAAGCAUCUAGAUUCUGAAAGAAAGAACAGAAUCCGCCUGAACAGGGAAUGCAAGAACUUUUACAUGUGGAAAACUAAUAUUUUCUAUUUAAUUUGUACCCAGUGAUACCCUUAGAAUGUGUGCUUGGAACAAACUCUCAGGAAAAAGUUUUAAUAAAGUCAUCCACUAUUUCUUUU